AUCCUCAACAGGUUACGGGCCCAGAGACAGUGCUACGGACAUUGAACAAUUAUUGCAAGUGCUGAAGAUAAUAUAGGAAGUGUGUGACUAGUGUUAUCAAACAUGAGUGUGGCAAAAGUAUCCUGUAUAGACUCGCUUAGCAGGGAUAACUACGACACGUGGAAAAUACAGAUGAGGGCAUUGCUGGUAAGAAACGAUCACUGGAGUUAUGUAUCUGGCGAGAUAAAGCAGCCACGGAUAGAUGAUGGGGACGAAGCAUCCACGAGAGCUGUAGAAGCCUGGACUAAAGGUGACAGCAAGGCGAUGUCGGACAUAAUUUUGUCAAUAAGCCCCUCAGAAAUCAAACAGGUAAAGAACUGUAAUACAUCCAAGGAACUGUGGCAAAAGUUGGAGGGUAUUUACCAAUCAACCAGAACACUGCAACGUAUGGAAGAGGGACAGGACAUACGAUGUCAUUUAAACUCAUUUUUCGAUGCAGUUGACAAGUUAAAUGACAUGGAUGUAGAAAUCAAUGCAGAUCUAUUAGCGAUAAUGCUAUUAUAG